AUGAGUUUUAGUAGUUUUUCUUCUCUUAAUCAAGAUAGGAUUUUUCAAAUUUCAAGCUGCCUUUCUACAAUUCAAACUGGGAUUGACUCUGAGAGAGGAACAAGGGUUGACCAGCUCGAGCGAAAAUGUAAAGAACUUGAAUUAAAUUUAGCAGAAUUUGAAGAGCAAAACUCAAAAAAAUUCACAGCACAUAAAGCUCAGUUAGACUCGAUCUCAGAUUCAUUAUCCCAACUAAAAGAAACCCGUGAAGACUUCUUUGAUUCUAAAUCUAAAGAGCUAUUGGAUCAAGAGCAAGUUCUUACAAAUUUGUUGCAGCAAUCUUCCAUUGACAAAAGAGACUCAGAUUUAAAAUUCCAAAAAAUAUUCGACGACCGUUUAAACUCCUUAAAAUCUGAUUUAUCGAGAGAAAGCCAAGCCAGAUCUGACUCCAUAAAAUCAGUGAAAAGCUUCCUUGAAGAAAAAAUCAAUAAAAUUGAAGAAAUGAUGACAAGUGAAAAAAUUGAGAUUGAGAAAACUAGCGAAGAAUUAUCAGAAAAAAUUAACGAAAAUAUCCAGAAAACGCAGGAAGCACUAGAGGUAGAAAGAAAAGCAAGAGAAGAAACCGAAGAAGCUAUGCUGUUUAUGCUGCAAGAUUUAAUUGCAAAAAUUAAAAGUGAAAUUGAGCAGGAGAGAAAUGAGAGAGAAAGCUCAGAAGAAACGCUGUUAGGACUUUUGGAAGAGACUUGUACGAAAUUAAAUUCUUUGACUAAUAUUUAA